AUGUCUCUCGAGCGCGUCGAUUCCGUUGAUCCUGCUGAGAUCUACGAUUAUAUCAUAUGCGGUGGCGGAACAUCAGGCUGCGUGAUAGCCGGUCGUCUCGCCGAAGACCUCAAUGCUAAGAUUCUCGUCCUUGAAGCCGGACCGGACAAUGCAGACCUCGAGAAUGUGCACAUGGCGGGUGGGUGGAGCAAGAAUUUCGAUAGCGAAACGGACUGGAACAUUGUGACUGAGCCUAUGGAGAAGGUCGAUAGUCGAAGAGUCAAUUGUAGUCGAGGAAGAUUCUUGGGAGGGUCGAGUGGUGUGAACGGCACGCUUUGCAUUCGUGGCACGAAGCAGGAUUAUGAUGAUUGGGGGCUGGAUGAGUGGAAUGGUGAGAAGAUGUGGGCAUAUAUGAAGAAGGUAUAUGACAUUGAGAGCAUUGCAGAGAGCUUAGUAGAUGCUGGUCUUCCAUAUCAUCCCGACAUGUUCUCUACAGGCGAGACGCCACAUGGAUGCGGCGAUGUCCCGCGGACAGUACACCAAGGUCUCCGCAGUACGGCGGCAGACUUCAUCACUAAAGGUUAUCACCGCGAAAAUAUCACCAUCAAGACCUCCGUCAUGGUCGACAAGAUUCUGUUUUCAAAGGAUAACUCCAGCGAGCCAACAGCAACUGGCGUCUCAACGAUAUCGAAAUCAGGUGCAAAGAUAGACUACCAAGCCCGCAAAGAAGUUAUACUUACGGCUGGCGCGUACUGCAGUCCACCGGUUCUGAUACGCUCUGGCAUCGGACCAAAAGAACAGCUGGAGAAGCUCGACAUUCCCGUCCUUGUGAAUUCACCCGGAGUCGGAGCAAAUCUCCAAGACCACGUCCUAUGCUUCAUCUUCUAUGAAGUCAGUGAACCAAACCUGACGAACGACUACCUCGCCUACCACGACAACGCUAUUGCCUCAUCAUAUGAGCUGUGGAAAGAAAAGAAGACUGGCGUACUUUCAACCUUCCCAUUCGGAAUCUUCGGGUACGCUCGUCUGGACGAGCGCCUCAAAGACUCAGAGCUAUGGCAAAACGCCAAGAGAGAAGCCGGCCGAGAUCCAAUGGGCCUCACUAAAGACCAACCAAACAUUGAAUUCUGGAACACCGAGCUAUAUGGUGGACCCAAGCAAUACGACGACUUCCCCGUCGACUAUAAACACGCCUUCGCCAUGUGCACCCUCCUCUUCAACCAGCACUCUCGUGGCAGUGUCACGCUCAAGACGACCGAUCCACUGCAGAACCCCAUCGUCGAUCACGCAUACAUGCAAGACCCGCUAGACAUGCUCGUAAUGUCCGAGGCAUGUCGCUUCGCCAACGAAAUCAUCAUGCGCGGCUCUGGCACAAAGGAUAUUAUCAAGGGUAGUUGGCCUGCCGACCUUGCACACCAUGAGUUCACAAGUCGAGAGGAUUGGGAGCCGCAUGUGAGGAAACACGCAACGACGUGCUAUCACGCGUCGGGAACGUGCAAGAUGGGUAAAGAAGGCGACAAAAUGGCCGUGUUGGAUAGUAGGUUGAGAGUCAAGGGAGUCAGAGGGUUGAGAGUUGCGGAUGUGUCUUCCAUCCCGCGGGUAAAUAAUGGCCAUACGCAGAUGGUGGCGUAUGCGAUUGGGGAGGGGGCGGCUGAGAUGAUUAGGGAGGAUGCGAAGAGUGGGGGGACAAGGGGAAGUGGGGGCAACGAGUUUUUGAAGUUGACGCCUGAGAUGAGGGUUUGA